GUGCAGAGGGGGGCAGGGAUGCGGGAACGCCAGGACCUCAGAUGUGCGAACGCGUGACGUCCUGCCUCAGGGCGUCACCGGGCCUCAUCAUCAAGCCCCCUGCAGAAGAGUAGCGAAGGGAAUGUGAACGAGGAGGCGGUAGCCGAGUCAGGCUCAAAGGAUGUCUCCGCGCCCCAGGCCAGUCCGAGCUCUCAGGCAUAGAAACGAAAGAUGGAUGUCGCGCGUGGGCGCGCAGCGACUCCACCGCGGCCUAGACCGCUCCCUGCGGCUGCUGCUGCUGUGCCUCUGGUGCGGCCGCUCGUCCGAUGGCUGGUCCAUGCCCGCCCGGGAGGUCCCCUUCGGCCUGCGGCCCGCGCUGGCCUCGGCACCCUGCAGCAUCGACCGCCAGCCGGGCCUCACCUGGGAGAUGCUGAGGGCGGAUUACAUCUGGAGGGUGGAAGAGCGGUGUGUGAGCAUAAGCUUGUGGAGGACGAUCAAUGGAGAGGAGCGGCCAGUGAUCUUCGGCACGCCCUGGAGCGGCCGCCGCUGGGCCGGGGAGGAGGAAGCCCUGGCGCUGGGCGCUUGCCGGACCGCGCUCUCGCAGCGGCGCGUUCGCGGGGAGUUUACCGACGCCCCCGUGUUGGUGCACGACUUGUCGGGGCUGGCCCAGGUGGGCCCGCGAAUCAGCACCUUGGGCGUUGCGCUGGACAACUUCGCGCGCGGGGUGCACAACUACUCCGCGGACGGCGGCGCGGUGGGCCAGCUCUUCGACCAGGAGCUGGCGGGGCUACCGGGCCUGCUGGACGGCUGCGGGCCGCUCCCGUCGAUCGAGAGGGUGGCGCCCCCAGAUGCGGCGGGUAGCCGAGGAGCAACGCAGGUGCAAGAGGUAGGAGUCGGCGCCACGGGCACUGGCAUCCCCUGGCACUGGCACCAGGCGGUCUUCGCAAACACGCUGGUGUUCGGCGUCAAGAGAUGGUUCGUUUGGACGGACACGACACGCCUGCCCCCCGGGGGCGCCAACCCAGGGCAGACGCCAGCCCAGUGGCUGCGGGACGUGCACCCGACCAUUUCGCCUUCUGAUCGUGCCUUUUUGCAGGAGUGCAACAUACAAGCAGGGGAGUCAGUGUUCGUGCCUGAGGGCAUGUACCACCAGACCCUCAACAUCCGUGCAACCGUUUUUAUGACCACCGUGUUGCAAGGCGGUCAGGCCCGCAAGACUUGGGAGCGCACAGUUGGGAGACGUGGUAAGAUGGCUGCAGCUGAGACGUGCUCGCGAGGUGCUGGCGGGUGGGUGCAGGAGUUGUCGGCCAACUGCGCCAGGGCCAGCACACUCUUCCCGCAUGAGCCAGAGUUCAGGGCACAUCACGGCUUGGCCCUGUGGCUUCAGAGCCCACCCGACAGGGAGGCCGCGCUGGAGCAGUUCAGGGCCGCAGCCGAACUGAGUAACAGUUCGCAGGUGUAUUCGUAUUUGGCCGCAGUGUCGCUGGACGUGGGCAGUGAUGCUGAAGCGUUGGAGGCUGCACGGCGGGCCAUGCAGCUAAGCGGCAUCGACAUGCGUGCCUGCAAUUUGGCGGGGCAGGCGCUGCAGGCCCUGGGGCGCGCGGCGGAGGCGCAACAGAUGCUGGAGGAGUGCGUCUCCCGCAGCGAUCGCGUGCUCUCCCUCCCAGAAGCGAGCGGUUCUCUCGUGUACCGUGCGCACUUCGAGCGCACAGCUGCCAGAUUCGCUAUGGAAUACACGGCGUCAACGACCUCGACCAGAGCUCGGAGUGUUGGUGAUGAUGGCGUUGCAGUCGUUGAUGAUGGGCAGACCGAGGUGCAGCUGAGAAGUUGGCUGUCACGCCCAGUGGAGGGCUCUCCGACAACACCUCGAGGGACCCUCUUCCGCUCUCUUCUCGCAAAGCCCAGCCGCAGGUCCACAGUCGCGAUGUUCGAUGUGCAGCUGCUGGGCGCUGUGGAGCAGCAAGUACGGGAGCGGCACCGUGAGCUGCUCUUGGAUUGGGCCGCCGGCCGUGGUUUUGUGCCAGAUGGAGGCCCCGCUGCCCAUGACACAGAGCGACCAGCUUAUAGACUCGCCGAAGAGCUGGUGCCGGCUCACCGGAAGAAGGGCCGAUGGGAUUGGGUCUGGGAGCGGUACCCGGCAUGUGUUGAUGUGCUCGAAGGCGGAUGCCGGGCAUGCUUGGCAAUCUCUUGCGGCUGGUGCGAGGACGGCGCACAUUGCGUCCCCGACCAGCCAGCUGCUUGUCGGUCAGGUGAUGACCCCUUCAGCCGCACCAGCGCGCGGCACCUCGGCACGAGUAUUUCGUCUGCUUGUUCUACAUAGGCUCAGGCUGCGCGCACCUCGUGCAGGGCGAGUCGAGCCCACGAGCAUGACGUGUGCAGACAGCUACGUCUACGUCCAGGCGCAUGCGAAGCGCAGGGGCUGUCUCGGCCCACUUGGACGACGGGGAGCAGGCGAAGGCGGGCAAUGUGCCCUGCGAUCCCAGAUUUGCCCCCGGGGGCGCGCUUUAUUUCAUGUUCUUGCCCCUGUGUUAAAACAAUCUAGGGACACCCAUCCUGUCUCUGGACCCCUUUGUUCUACGCCUCCCAAAAGGAGGAGGCCUCUAUCUGUGUCUGCGGGCACACGAUGAGCGAGUGGGCGAUGAAGCGAAGAGGUUCAGCGCGUCGCCUCUGCUCCCACCGCUGCCCACCUCUGGCCACACAGCGGCGAGCCCAGCCCCUGCCGCCCGGGGCGCUCCGAGGCCCCCAGCGCCGCUCGUGGGUGCAGGCCCCCCGCCAGCCCCCACGCCAAGAGAGG